GCCAUUUAGUAGCUGAGAAUCUCUGUUUGUUUGAAGGGAUGGCUAUAGCUGCUUAUGCAUCUUUGGUUUCUCUUACUCAUGUCCUCGACAAUGUUCAUUAUCGUUCUCGAUUCCGUCGCCUUCAUGGAGACAUAAAACAGAUUGAGUCUCUCCGGGAAGGUGUUGAUUUCUUAUUAGAUUUUCUCGAAGUUCGCUCGGAAAAAGAAGUUCGAGAUGUUGAUUUGUUGAGGCAAUUAUCUAAGAUUGCCUUUGAAGCAGAGGAAAUGUUCGAUCUACAUGUCGUGGAUCAGCAUCUACUGCGAUACGAGGGAGUAAAACCUGAUUUGGGCAUUUCAGCUUUCAACGAUGAUAUGGAGGGAGUGAUCCAAAAGAUUGAAUUCAUCAAGAAAAAGUUGUUGUUAAAGGAAGAGGUACUUGAAGAUGUUCAUUCUAGAAGACAACCAAAAGUUUUUCCACGUGGUGGCGCUUCAUUGACUACUUCAUCUGUUGGCAAGAAAACAAUUGUAGGAUUUGAUGAACAUGUUAUCGCGAUCAUAGAUGUGCUAACAAGAGAUGAAUCUAAGCUCGAAAUCAUCCCUAUUGUUGGGAUGGGGGGGAUUGGUAAGACUACUCUAGCUAAAGCUGUUUUUGAUAAUCAAUAUAUUUCCGAUCACUUUGAUAGACGCAUCUGGCUUACGAUAUCAGAAGAGUAUACUGUUCACGACAUUCUAGUAGGUCUUUUAUAUGAUGGGGAGGUUAUUGCUCAUGAUGGAAGUUUGGAUGGGUUGGGACAAGCUUUGUACCAGCAAUUAUUUGGUAGCCGAUACUUGAUUGUUAUGGAUGAUGUGUGGAGCGAGCAAGCUUGGUAUGACUUGAGAAUGUUUUUUCCAAACAACAAUAAUAAAAGCCGGAUUAUGAUGACUACUCGGCUUUCAAAUGUGGCUUCUUCUUUAGGCACUCAUAAACCAUAUUCGAUGACAUUAUUAGAUACCAAUAAAAGUUGGAAUUUGUUUUGUCAAGCCAUUUUUGGUAACAAAGAUUGUCCGUAUCCAGAGUUAGAGGAAUUUGGAAGAAAGAUUGUAGAAAGUUGUAAAGGACUUCCUUUAGAAAUUAUUGUAAUUGGUGGGCUACUUGCUAAGUCCGACAUGUCUAGAAACUUUUGGGAGUUUAUAGCGGAUGACAUAAGCUCCUUUGGUAAUUCAAGAUAUGAUGAACAUUGCAUAAAAAUUUUGUCUUUAAGUUAUAACAAUUUGCCGAUUCAUCUCAAACCGUGUUUCCUCUUCGUGGGCUCUUAUCCUGAAGAUCAAAAGAUUGUUGUCACUGACCUAAUUCAGAGAUGGAUUGCAAAUGGAUUAUUCAGAGCUAUAGGUGAGAAAAGUUUAGAGGACAUUGCUAUGGAUAACAUCAAAGAUCUCAUUUCCAGGAAUCUAAUUUCUGUCCACUCACUCACAACCGGAGGUGAAAUAAAAACAUGCGGCAUUCAUGAUCUCUUACGAGACUUAUGCUUGAAAGAAUUAGACAAUGAGAAGUUUAUUCAAUCGCCGAAGGUGCAAGACACGAAGUAUACAGGAGCUCAAGUACGAUGCUUUCUCUGCGGCCAUGAAAACACUUAUCAGGAAGUGAUGAAUAUCCCAGAUUUUGAUGUUUUAUCGCCAUCACUUUCGUCACCUCUAAGUCCUCCAUCCAUUUGUGCUGCUUGCAGCGCGACGUAUUCGCAUGUUACAAGGGCAAGAUUAGUCGGGAUGGUGAGUGAUGCCUAUGACCAUUUAGUCUUUGUGCAUCCUACUCAAGCGCGGUAUGUUUCUGUAUACAGUGCCGUAGAUGUACAAUCUAUAUUACCUGCAUCGGAACUACUCUGGAAUAUUCAGACGUUAAAAAUUGUCGUGUCAAGUUCGAUAGUUUUUCCUGAUGAAAUUUGGGAGAUGCCACAGCUUAGGCAUUUGCAGGUCAGUUCGAUUGCGACUACAUUGCCAGAUCCUGUGGCGGGGAAAGGCUCCAUUAUUCUCAAAAAUUUGCAAACCCUUUUCGAAAUACAAAACUUCAAGUGUACUAAAGAAGUCUUGAACAGAAUUCCAGAUUUAAAGACAUUGAGAAUUACAUUUAACUCUGAGUUUAAAGAAAGUAUGGCAUCGUCGGACUGUUCUCUUUUUAAUCUUAUACAGCUCAAGAAACUUCAGUCACUACAAAUAACACGUGCUUGGGAGAAUGUUGCAUUUCCGAAGUCUCUUAAAGAGUUGUCUUUGAAGGAUUGCAGUAGUAGAGUUCCUUGGAGCAGAUUGUCGAUCAUUGGCUUGUUGCCGAAUCUUGAGAAGCUUGAACUGAUUAAUGCCACUGUAGGAUCUGAAUGGAAUCCAAUUGAGGGUGAAUUUCUUCGAUUGAAAAAUUUAAUCAUUUGGUAUUCUGAUCUAGUGCAAUGGACAGCUGAUAAGGAGCACUUCCCGACUCUCGAGCGCCUUCAGCUUUGGUCUUUAAAAUCGUUGGAAGAAAUCCCUUUGGGCAUUGGAGAUAUUCCGACAUUGAAUAGAAUUGAAUUGAUUGAAUGCAGCAGAUCUGCUAUCGACUCGGCAUGGCAGAUAUGGGAGGAACAACAGAGCAUGGAAAAUGAGACGCUUGAGAUUUUUCUGAGGAACAAUAUGGAAUGGUACUCGAUCAGCGAUUUCAUGGCACGACAGAUAGAAGAAAAUGAGUGUGAAGAUGAAGAUUAAGAUAAUGCAUCUGAAGAUGGUUGGCACUGACAGGUGGAUCUGAGAUAGGAUCUCUUGGGUGUCUUGUGUUUGGUUGUUCUAAAUUUGGUUUCAAAAACAAGCAGAAAGUUUAAAUUAUGACUGCCUGUCGAAUUGUUGGAGAAUCUUUCGAAGAUGUUUUCCAUAAAAUUAUGCAGCUAUUAUUAUUAUUUGAAGACUGCAUUUAUUUUUUUUAUCAUAUUGUAACUCAUUUACGGAGAAGAAUGUGUGAGCAAAAGACUUUUAUAGUAUCAUGUAAUGAGUAUAUUUAUUCUAUUCGAUCAUCCGAGCUA